GGUGGUAUCAACAACAAACAAAAAAUAUUUCGAAAUAUUGAAAACCCUAUUUGUUAUUGAGUGUGUCUAAAGAGCAUGUGACGAGUUUUUGGCGUUGUGUUAGAUUGGCUCUGAAGCUUCUUAUCUAUUCGGCCACUCUGAUUGGUUGAACGUUGGCGCGUGCAGAAUGAGGAUAUGACAUCAUGAAUCAGCACUAGGAGGUUACACUCUACUAUGUCAUCACCCCUGGAAAGUCAUGUAACCUGUAAAUUAACAUCAGUGAAGUAUACAACUAAGAAUGCCUUUCCACAGAGUCGAAAUAAGCAUGCAUGUUGUGUGCACGAGAAUUACGUGUACAUGUAUGCAGGCAAAGAUGGAAAUGUGGCGCUAAAGGAUUUCUGGCGGUUUAACAUUGGCACACAGGACUGGGAGUCGGUGCGUUUCCGUGGUGAUACUCCACAACAUCUCGAGGGACACACCCUCGUCUCAUGCAAGAAACUGAUGAUUUUGUUUGGUGGAGAAUUUGGAGAUUUCUUGACAAAGUCAUCGCUAUGGAGGAUAAACCCAGGUAUGAAGGUGUAGAAACACUGGCCUCGCUAUGGAGGAUAAACCCAGAUCUUGGCUACAUCCACAAGAGUGAAGUGGACCCAGGUGCCAGUUGGCCAUGUAUACGACGCUACCACUCAGCUGUGAUCUAUGAGGGGGCCAUGUACGUGUAUGGAGGAUAUGUGGACAUGAAGGGGUCCAGCUCAGAGCUCUGGAAGUACAAUAUUGAUGAUGAGGAUUGGGAUCUAGUCACUCCCCAGGGGAUGUCACGUGACCUUCCGGGGGGUCGUCAUGGACACAGUGCCGUCGUGUACAACAGACGUAUGGUUAUAUACGGGGGAAACAAUGACCUCAUGGCAAAACAAGAGCUCUGGUCUUAUAGCUUUGGUGUCAACUGCUGGAUUCGUUUGAAGACCAAGUUCUCACCCCCUGCACUGUCUGGUCACACUGCUGUGGUUGCAGGGAACCGCAUGUUCUUGUAUGGUGGCGAAUGUAACAGGGCGCCUGUCAGUCAACUCUGGUACUAUUGCUUCAGAACAGAUCUCUGGACACAAAUUACCCUGGGCAGCAGUAGUCCGGACCGUAUGUACCACAGUGCAGUGUUGAUAUCACCCGCUAGUCAGUCCAGUCAAGUGAAGGCAUCCUCUAUGCCAUAUCUGCAGAAGAAAAUCUCCAAAAUGCAUCUGGACAGACCUAGAUCGAGCCAUGGAGAUAGGUCAAAGUCAUCUGUGUCCUUAAGAGACUUGAAUGGGGGUGAGUCUGGGUCACAAAAGAGAUUUGAUGUUGAACAUCAUACUCCUCAUGGAUGUUUGAAAAGACCUCAGUUUUUAAACGUCAAUUCUGAAAAUGAUAAAAGUUUUAGAGAAUUACCCUCACCAUCGGAAAACGUGGCUGAUAAAUCACCAAUGUGUCCUAAAAAGAUGGACCUAAACUACAAUGCUAUAGAUGUGUUAGAUCAAAAUACUGUGGACUGUGGGAUAGAUAAUCCUGCAAUAUCUGAAAGCACCAAACAAUUGAUCCUUGAAAGCCAGAGCAGUGGUCUAAGUACCAUGGACACAGCUGGACCAACGGUAGACACCAGGAGCUCUGUCUACACUCGCUCGCUGAGUUACACAACAGAGCUGGAGCGUUCACACAUCACCAUGUCUCAACAUCAAAGCAAGCAUAUCGCUUAUGACAAAGCAUUGGCAGGAUUUCGUCGAAGCCUAUGUGAGUUUGAGAAUACUUCUAGUGGUGGCAAGAAAUUUCGACUUGAUCCUGAUCUAGUGUUGGAAGACAUUGAACAUCUGGACUGUUUCCCAGAUGACAUUCAAAUCCUGUAUCCGAGCUCCAGGCAAUGUCUGAAGAUGUCACAGCAGGACGAGGACUCCAUAGAGACCAUUGAACUUGAAUAUUGGGCAGAAAGGGCGCGCAGUCAUUCCUUUGGGAGUUUCAAUAGUGGAAAAAAAAUCAGCGAAAAAAAUGAUCAGGUCUUUUUCAGGAAAGACCAUGAACAAGUGCUAUUUUUAAGUAGAAGUAAUGACGAAAUAUUAGAGAAAGGUGAUGAUAUUAAGAAUAGAAAAAACAUGGCAAAUAUGUCACGUGAUACAAUUGCUGAUCGACAUAAAUAUAAAUUAUCAGGGAAGGCAACUGCAGAACCUCAUGAUGGGAUGAAAGCAUGUGAUUCAAAGGAGACAUGUUUUUCUGAGCAGAAAUCCAGUGUACAGGUGGAGAUGACUGAAAGAAUGAUCCUGAAGAAUCAGCAGAGAAAUAAGACGAACAAGUCCAAGCAGUCUGGUCUACCUGAGUCACCAUACAUUCUGAUCCUGGGUGGGAAAGACAACACAACUGUGAACUUCGGUCUCAAGCCCCUUCCCAUGUGGAAACUUACUGUGACUCCACUUUGAAAAUAAACCGUAGAUGAUGCCACUGUGACAACUGCAAGUGACAAACAAUUCCAAAGUGCAGUGUGAUAAAUUUUUCAAAAAUGUGAUGAUGCCUAUUCAACAAUUUAAAGAAUAAGGAAAUGACAUGUGUAAACCAUUGGAUAAACAAGCUGCAUUGAUAGGGCUGGAAAAAACUAGUAACCCUUAUUAACUGUAUUAUUCUGUAAGAUUUUGAUUAAAAAUCUUACAGAAAAAGUGGCGACAACUUUUUUUGGGCCAGUGGAACCCCUGAUUAAUGAUUGUUUUCUUGUAGAAAAUUUGUAUUCCUGUUCAGGAAUGUAUUUUUUGUUUAUUAUUAUUAAAUUAUUUAGUUAAGAUAUUAUUAAAUUAUAUAUAUUCAUUUGAUCUUUGACAUGAUUUAAUUAUGAAUACAUAACCAAAUAAGAUUUUUAUUGGCAAUAAGUGAUUCUUUGAUCUUUGGAUUUCUUGUGUUAUACAAUUAGAUUAUUUAACAACAUAAUGCUCAAUAGGUUGAUAUAUAUUUGCACUUAUGUACAGCUGACACACCAUAUUUGACAAGCCAUUUGUCAGUCAAGGGAAGUGGUCAAAGUGGUUGCCUGUAGGCAGGUGGCUUCUGUAAUUAGGUUACCACUUUUUAGACGGUUGAUCAGCUGUUAUCAAGUGUGAGUAUGCCCAUAACCCUUUACCACAUAGAUACGUAUUUUCACGCAUUUGUAGUCCCUUUAAUAAAUGUAAUUUAAGACCUUCUUACUAGAUUCAAGUUUUAAAUGAUUCAUUUUCAAUCCUUAGAUACUGUUGAGUUACUCGCAGGCUGUUCAGGUUUUAUGCUGUUUGCACAUAGCAAUUUUCACGUUACUUCUGAGUGGGAAAGGGUUAAAUCUUUUAUGAGACUAUUCACUCUUGAUAUUGCAUGGACAAAUGAUUUGUGCCAAAAAUUAUGAUAUUUUCUUGUACAUUUCUUAUUUUCUUAUGCUUUUUAAGUUUCUUUGACAUUUUGUUCAAGCAAAUAUUUACAUUGACAUCAUGUAAAUAUUUAAUAUUUACAUUUGUGUAUGAGCUAUUGAUCAAACAGUGUUGGACAAGUGAUGUAAAGUUCAAACAUUUGUAUGUUUAUUUAUUUUCAAUGUGAAAUCCAUUUACUUUGUGCUUGUAACAAAAUGACUUGAAAUCUAGCAAUCCAAGUACCUUACGGUCUUAUCUGUCAUUACCAUUCACUACAUUGUUGAUAACUUUUAUUGCUUGCAGUUACCUGACACUGCAUGUUGCAUCACCUUAAUUUGAGCAUAACAAAUUAUGUGGUUUUCAAAUUUCUCAACGUUUGAAAUAUCUAACAAUGAACACAAUGAAAUGUUUAAUGACCAAUGAAGAGCGAACCUCAUGCAGUGCAGUGCAUUGUUGGAAGUCAUUUUACUGUAUUCAUUAGUGUCCUCUACCGGUUUCACCGGAGGGGACUAAUGGUUUGCGCUCUGUGCGUCUGUGAGUCUGUCUGUCUGUCUGUCACACUUUUCUGGAUCCUGCGAUUACUUUAAAAGUUCUUCAUAUUUUUUUAUUAAACUUAAAACAUGGAUAGAUGGCAAUAUGGACAUUAUGCAUGUCAUUUCAUUUUUUUCCUACAUCAAAAAUUCUGGUUGCUAUGGCAACAAAUAUAUUUUUAAAAAUCUGACAAUGGUGGAAUUUCUGACAAUGGUGGAGACGGUAGGGGACAUAUAUUGCUUGGCAAUAGGCUUGUUAAUCCUAUAUUACUUUUUACGCCCCCAAAGGAGGCCAAAUAGUGAUUGGACUGUCCGUCUGUCUGUCCGUCCGUCUGUCCGUCACACUUUGCGUUUAGGUUUCGAAAAAUGCUCAUAACUUCGAUGUCGCUUCAGAAAGCAAUUUCAUAUUUGGCAUGCAUGUGUAUGGACGAUGCCUUUCCAUACGCACACAAAUUUUGACUCCUGUGACCUUGACUAUGAUCUUAGGGUCCGUUUAGGUUUCGAAAAAACCUCAUAACUUCUGUCAAGCGUUUAUAGGGGGCAAAAGUCAUCCUAUGGUGACAGCUCUUGUUUUUAAAUGUUCAUACUUUAUAUACACAUAUAGAUAUAUGAUUUUAAAGGUGAAACAAUACCCAGUAUUUUUUGCAUAUCAGUAAUUCAAUAUAAAUAUUGGAAUGUUUUCACAAGAAUAGAUCUAGUUUCAAUGAAAAAUGGUUCUGAUAUGAAAUCUAGUGAAAGUCAUUACAUGAGUAUUUAAUUAUUUAUCUUUCUUAUUUAUACUUGUUUAUAUUUCUUUGUGCAUGUAGUUGUUUGUUUGCUCAGGAAAUUGUUAUUUAGAACACUAAGAUUAUAUAGUAUAAAUUAUUAUAUUUAGCUCAAGUUUCUAGCAGCUAACAUGGAUAUUCUCUCAUCAAACAUUUAAAUGGUAUUGCCUUACUGUCAUAGCAAAUUCAAUGUUUUUUUUAUCUGUUUAGCAUUGUUUUUUACCCUGGUAUUUCUUUAAUACAGAUGCCUUUUAUAUUUUAUUCUAGUUUUAUUGUAUUGACAUUUUUAUAUAUCAAGUGUAUGCUUUGUGCAUGUAGUUUAUUUUUCUCACCGUGUUGUAUAUGCUUUAUGAAAGUAUAAACAUGUACCUUCAUUCUUUAUUAAAAUUUCGGUUUACUCUUUGUACAUGCUUUAAGACAGAUCGGCUAUUUACCACCACAUAUCUGUUUGAGUAAGACUUAUGUUGGCUCUUUAAAAGGGGCCUUUUCACGUUUUGGUACAUGCACACAAUUUAAAAAAGUUGUUUCAGAUUCGCAAAUUUUCGUUUUAGUUAUGAUAUUUUUGAGGCAAUAGUAAUACUGACCAUUUACCAUGCUCUAAAAAAUCCAUUAUAUGCAUCUUUUAAUGAUUUGAAAUCCUGAAAAUUAUAAAGUGUUGCAACGCGAAACGAUUAAAUAAUUUGGAAAGUUCUGUUGUUGUCUUUAUAUUUUGGGAAACUACGAGGAUUUCUUAUAUCAUUAAAAAAAUACAUCCGCUCAUAGCAUGGAUGGUCGAGUGGUCUAAGCGGGAGACUUUUUACUCCAGGACUCCAGGGGUGAGUGGUUCGAGCCCAGUUGAGGGUUACUUUUUUUAAUAGUAUUCUUCUUUUUUUACUGGAGAUCUUUAGGUUCAAUGUUUAAAUUUAUCAAUAUAAAGCAUUUAAUGACAAGCUUCAAUACAUGCCAAAAUCUGUGAAAAGGCCGCUUUUAUAUGCUAUAUGACAGAAUAACUAUUGAUCUUCACAUGUCUGUUUUAGUAAGACUUAUUUGGACCAUUACACUGUUACAUCUAGGUGAAGCUAUGACUGUUUAAAAUUAAAAAAUAAUUAAAAUGUGUUCUUAUGGCCCUACAACUGUCAUAACAUUCCUUCCUGCAUUUUUUUUUGUGAACUCUAUGACUUGGUUUGUUGUUUCUAUAUCGUUUUAUUGUCAGGUGUUUUGCAACCUAUUGAUGAAGAAGCACAGAUUUGUUAAUUUUACUCACGCACACUGUUUUAAGUUUUUAUUAUGUUGCAGUAUUUGUAUUGUUUUAUAUAGUUGCUUGUACAAUUUUAUUUUAAUUUAGCCAUAUUUAAGUUAAGCAUUAUAAUACCGAGUUGCUAUUAAAAAGGGCCAAGCUUUAUGAUAACAAUACCCAAGUAUAAAGCAUAAGUAUAUUCUUGAAUAUCCAUACAAAACUUCACAAGUAAACCAUGACUAUAUUCAAAUAUAAUCACUUUGUAAAGUUUUCAGAUAAUAUGAACAUACCUGUGUACAUUUCAGUCCUUUUAAACACAUACUGGUUUGUAACCCUUGUUAUUUGACUUGAUUGUUUGUGUUAUCAAAUUAUAUUUCGUUAAGUUAUUUAUAUUUACACAUUGUGAUAUUUUUGAGAGUUAUCAAUUUAUUAUAGUUAAUAUGUUUCAUAAAAAUAAACAAGAGGUCCUGAAAGCCCAAAGUCGCUCACCUGAGAUAAUAAGAAAUGACCUGUUCUUUGCAGCCCAAGAUAUCAAUGGAACAAAUGUUCUAACCAAGUAUCAUGAAGAAUGAACAACAAAUGGCCCCUUGGCGGCCAUGUUUCUUUAACAGACCUGAACCAUUUUUUUACUCUUCCAAUAUAUGUCCAAAUUUCAUGAAGAUUGGGGGGAAAAAUAGUGUCUUCUAGACUGCUCAUAUGUUGUCACUAUAUACAUAUAAAGAAAACUGCCCCACUCCCUGGCGGCCAUGUUUUUUCAAUGAUCACGACCAUUUUCAAACUCGUCAGAGACAUCCACAUAACUAAUGUUUUGACAAAAUUUCAUGAUGAUUAGGAAAAACAUGUGACUUCUAGAGUGUUCACAAGCUUUUUUACUAUAUAAAUAUAAGGAAAAAGACCCCCCUGGCGGCCAUGUUUUUUUACCGAUCCAAACCAGUAAUCGAACUCAACUGUUUAAUCCAGGUGUGGUAGUGCAGUCUCCUUCGCUUACCAAAUGAACCGGUCACAGGACGGUUACAAGUUAUGUAACUUUGUAAGCACUUACACAGUUAAUGUCACAUAAUAUUGACAUAAUAAAACCAAACUUUACUACACAGGAAACCAAUAUUCUGACCAAAUUUCAUGAAGAUUGAGCAAACUAGAAAGUUAACAAGAUUUUACUAUAGCCAUAUUUAGCCAUAUAAGGAAAAAUGCCCCGCCCCUUGGCAGCCAUGUUUUUCAAGCCAAGGCUACCAUUGUUGAACUCAUCCAAGAUAUCAUUGGGACAAAUCAUCUGAGCAAGUUUCAUGAAGAUUGGAAAAUAAAUGUGGCCUCUAGAGUGUUAACAAGGUUUUACUAUAGCCAUAUAAAGAAAAAUGCCCCGCCCCCUGGCGGCCAUGUUUUUCAACCAACGGACAUCAUUUUCAAACUCGUUCAAGAUAUUAUUGAGAUGAAUCUUCUGACCAAGUUUUAUGAGGAUCGGACAAUAAAUGUGGCCUCUAGAGUGUUAACAAGAUUUUGCUAUAGCCAUAUAAGGAAAAAUGCCCUGCCCCUUGGCAGCCAUGUUUUUCAAGCAAACGUAACCAUUUUCGAACUCAUCCAAUAUUUCAUUGAAACCAAUCUUCUGACCAAAUUUCAUGAAGAUUGGACAAUAAAUGUGGCCUCUAGAGAGUGAACAAGGCAAAUGUUGAGGUCGCACAACGGACAACGUACGACGGUCAAAAGGCGAUCACAAAAGCUCACCAUGAGCACGU